AAAAAAAAAAAAAAAAAAAAAAAAAAAAAAAAAAAUAAAUAAAAAAACAACAGCUUUUACUAUUUGACAAACAAAUUUGUAAACUUUUUAUUUUUUUAUUUUUGAUUUACCUAGUGAACUGUGCAAUACCAGAGUUAUGUAUUUUUCUUUAAUAUUUAUCUAUGUAUGCCUUUAAAAACGAAUUUUACAGUUAUGGUCACAGAUGGUUAAUUUUUGUACAAUUGUGAAAUGUCGCUAGAACAUGAAAGGCAUUUUAUUGUUCACCGAAUGACUGUUAAGUUCGGACAAAGUAUUAAAGGGAGAAGAGUAACAACAACCGGAAAUAAAGGCCGGAACUGUGGAGAGUUAAUUUCAUUUGAUCCUGUCCGCGUCAGGGAGCGAGUUUUUCAAUAGUAUUCAGUUCACACCUUGCCAUCUAGAAUUACCGUGCUCAUCACGAAGAUAGUCUUACUUUUGCAAAAAAAUAAAACUCAAAUUUUGUGUGACAUAAAAAUAGAAACAAAUUUAUUUUAAAAAACAAUUAAUUAUCGAAUAUUAAAAAAACCUCUAUCAAAAUGUUUAUAUUAAACUAUUGAACGACUGUGAUAUAAAAAAAAAAUUAAUUUGUUUAAAUUUUCAACAUGCAAUUCGCCGUGUUACUUUUGUAUUAUUUAUGUCAAUGUUCGUGGGUAAUGAGUUUUUCACUUAAUUCAUAUACGAGGAAUAUUACAACGGAACUAUCGACGUACGAAACUCUGGAAUCUGAGGAUUUGAACAAAGAAGCUCAGCAUUUUUUAAAUCCCAUUUAUCGUGAUAUCGAUCCUUCGAAUGACGUCGAACGUAUCGAUCUUCAGCAAUGGCCAGGAAGAUCUACUGUUCUUUUACCUCGCAAUGAUAUUCCUUCCACUACGAACGUUAUAGUACCGAAUAAAUUUCUCAACGCUAGUGUAUCCUUGCAACGAAAUUUUACGAGAUAUCCAAGAUUUAGCAUACCACUUUCAAUUGCGAUGAUAGACGAAGUCUUCUGUGAUUUUGGUCCACUUCCAUCAUUGUCUCUCUGCGAAUGGCAAAAUGGUAGCGAUUCAUUAGAUUGGAUGGCAGGAUCUGGCUUAGGAACUAAUUGGUUUGGUGGACCAUCAUCGGAUUCUACAACCAAUACAAUGGAAGGAGGGUAUGCUUUCGUGGAAACAUCACAAACACCAUCGAAAGGAGUAACAAGCAAAAAUUCUGGAGCUCGAUUGCAUAGUCCUCAAUUGGGAAAUACUGGUGUUUCAGGAACUUGUGUUAUGUUUAAAUACUCUAUGGAUGGUCUUAGUGUCGCAGGAUUGAGAGUACUCUUGCAUUUGGGAUUUGAUGAAUACUCAAUCAAAAAGGAACCAGACGAUGUAAUUUCUUUUCAAAAUUUUACCAUACCAUUUUGUAAAUCAGCUAAAACUGAGAGUGAACGUGUUAUUUGGCAUGCUCAUUAUUAUGACCUUGAGAUGUGGCAGCAAGCUCAGAUACUUUACACUUAUCCAGACGUACACUCGUUAAUCAUCGAAGCAGUGCCCGUUGAUUCGACUGAUCCAUCCCGCCUUUUUCGAGGAUAUAUAGCGAUCGAUGAUAUCGAUCUUCAACCUGGAACUUCCUGUGUUGGAUUUUGUAACUUUGCAGGUGGAUUUUGUGACUGGAACAACGAUGCCGAAGAUGAUUUUGAUUGGACCAUAAGUCGAGGUAGUAGAAACCCAGCGACUGGUCCAACUAUGGAUAGCUCUAGUGAUCGAACUACAGCAGGUGGUUACGCUUAUAUCGAUUCUAGAUUUCCGCGUAGACCUGGUGAUACAGCAAGAUUAAUCAGUAGCAGUUUCCCAGCUACCAAUUCAGAUGCACCGAUCUGUAUACAUUUCUGGUUUCAUAUGUUCGGUACAGGAAUUGGCAAUUUAAAACUUUACUUACGUCAUUUUCGCGAUCUCGAUGCAGUGUUACAAGAAAUUUGGGGAUUAAGUGGGAACGCUGGUAAUGCUUGGUAUAUGUCGCAAAUAACUAUUGGCUCUUUGGAUGAUUAUCAAUUAAUUUUUGAAGCAUCGGUAGGAAAUACCGGUAUGGGAGAUAUCGCUAUAGAUGACAUUACGUUUACUUAUGGUGCUUGUCCUGUGUAUCCACAAGUAGCGGCAACAAUAUCAAGAGAUUGUACUUUUGAAGUAGACGAAUGCGACUGGAUCAAUACCAGAGAUCCGGAUCGUGUCGAAUGGGAAAGAGUUUCCAAUCAAGUAUUAAGUUCUAGAAAUCAACGAAAACCAUAUAGCAAUGGAAAUACUGGAACUAGACACAAUGAAUAUUUCUUAACACUUGGCAAAUCUCGUAGUGGAUCCUUUGGUGGUGGUAUUGCUCAACUCGUUAGUCGUGAAAUGAGUGGUUCUGAUAAUCCAUUGUGUAUUACAUUUUGGUAUAUCAUGUUCGAGUCUUUCAUAGAUUCUACUGGGCCAAGUUUAGGUGUUCUUCGUAUAUAUAUACAACCUAAUGACGAAUCGUCAGCAGAACCCAGACCUAUUUGGCAAUUAUACAAUGAUCAAGGUCCUACCUGGAAUUACGCGCAAACGAAUAUUAAUGAAAGAAAAAAUUUCAAUAUCUAUUUUGAAGGUAUAUGGGGUCCAAAUAGAGCAAAUGGUAUUAUUGGGAUUGAUGAUAUAUCUUUUUACAUUGGAAAUUGUAUAGUAAAACCACUUGCUGCUUCUGUUAGGAGUGAGGAUUGUAGUUUUGAGAAAGGAAUAUGUGGAUGGGAAAACAUUACUCUUUCAACUAAUGAUCGUAGUGUUACUUGGCAACGAGCGUUUCUUACUCACCGGCCAGCUCAGCUCUUAGACAAAACAUUUGGGACAACAGGCGAUUAUAUAUUUUUUGAUAUAUACACGGCUGAUCAAAAAUCCACCGAGGUACAAUUACGUUCUCCAAUUAUCAAUACACCAACUGAUGAGGAGUCCACUUGUUUCACAUUUUGGUUUGCUGCUUUUGGCGUUGAAGAAUCUACAAUGUUACAAAUUAUUAGAACGUCUGAUAUUGAAGAUACAAAUAAUGGUAAUAAUGAAAAUGGUAACGAUGAAAUAUUGUUAUGGUCAUUAACAGCAAAGGGAUUUAAUAAUCCAAGACCAGUAUGGAUGGCAGCGCAAGUAACAAUUGAUGGACGUUCACCGUAUCGUCUUAUUUUGAAAGGCAGUGCUAGUAACGGUGGCUUUGCUAUAGAUGACAUUAAAUUUCAACCUCGUGUUUGUCCAACUCGACCACCAGAAGCUCAUCCUCAAGUAUAUCCAAAUAGGAUGUAGUAAAUUAAUAUAUUGCUAAAAUAAAAAUUAUAAUAAAAAAUCUUAUAGUAAAAUAAUACAACAAUGAGAAAUUGAAUUUUUAUAAAUAAAAUAAAUAAUAAUUUUACAAACACACAUACACACACUCAUAUAUAUAUAUAUAUACGAGGAGGUUGACGUUGAAUAAAAUCAUUAUUUAUUAUUAAAUUAAAAUAUCGAUAAAAGUCAAUAUAAUUAUUUAAAAUAUAUAACUCUGUGUCAAAGUUCCUCUCAAAAAAGAUUUCUAUAGACACGCCAACUGUGAUUAACAUAAAAUAACUAACUUCAUAUAGGAUGAUGUUAUAAAUGGCGUUAAUGACAAUAACUAGAGACGUCAAAAUAUAACGAUUUAUUCGCAACUUUAAUAGCUUUCAGUAUAAAGACCUAAAAUACUCUAUAGGUGAAAAUACUAAAUAUUAAUUUAAUAGGUACUAUUUCUUGUAUCACAGAUGCCGUGAUACAUAACGCAGUCAUACAUCACCUCUUUGUCAAGUCUAUAUAGGUAACUCGCGAAUGAUAUUUAUUUAAAAAUUAAAUUCGAUUCACACAAUCAAUUACAAGCCGAAAAUAGUAUUUCUUUCUCUUAGAUAAAAUGGUCUUUACCAUUUUAUCAUUACGACGUAUCAUCAUGAAAUCUAUGAAAUGAAAAGAUAUUUUUGUAAAUUAUCGAUACAUCGGAUUCAUCUGUACAUUAUCACAUAUUGAAUUAUUAUUAAAUACUUGACUAUCAAAUAUAAUUGUUCUUUCCAAAAUGGUAAGAAAAAAGGUGCAAUAACGAAUAAUUACAUCUUUUUUUUUUGAUGAUAGUUCGUCGAUAACGAUGUCAUAAAACUUUUCAAUUUGAGAUAAUAAUAAUAAUAAUAAUAUUAAUAAUAUUAAUAAUAAUAAUAUAUACGAAGGCCUUUUGUGUACUUUCUUAAUAUAAUAUACGCAUUCAUUAUUUGAAACAAUUGGCAAUAAUAAUGCCACACUUUCAACCUAUUUACUCUCAUCCUGCCAUUAUAUAAUAAAAUAAAUAAUACAAAUGACAAAGAUGACAGUCCGAAGUUCCAAUUUCACACAUCACAUAGAGAUUACAGAGUUUUAAAUUUAUAUGGACGGAAACUAUUUUCCCGAAUUAUUUUUUAUGUGUGUAUACAUGUACAGGAUAUCACAUGUUUUUCAUGUUUUUUCUCUUGACCAAAUUAUAGCAAAACAUUCUGUGAACAACUUACAGAAUAAGUUACUCAAAUUUUCAUUUGAAAAACUUGAGUCACCUUGUACAUAUAUGUAUACAAUUAUAGUAGAAUAAUUUAUAUAAAUGUAUAAACAGUAAUUUCAGUAAAGAAAUUUAAUGUACAAUGCCUUCUAUUUUCAAAGAUCAUUUCAAAAUUUUCUAAUUGUUUAUAAAUGUUCCACAAUUAGUGUGCUUGUUUCACCUCAAGCAGUUGUGGAUAAUUUUCAACAAUAUUUAAUAAAAUCCCAUCGAUAUAUGCUCUUAAUUGCGCGUUGACUUCCUGUUGUUCUUUCAAAGCCUGUUUCAGCUAAAAUAUAUAAUAGUUUGCUUAGGAAAUAUAUAUAUAUAUAUAUAUAUAAUGAAAUAGAAGAAUUAAAUUGUUUAUACAUACUUCCGAAAUACUAUAUGGUGGUUCAUAUUCUUCAAUUGUAUGACCAUCCAUCUACAAUAACAUAAUUUGUAAACCAUUAUUUAUAGUAUAGUUUAGAAGAUAACAAAUCAGAUAAUGAAACAUACCUGAUCUUGACUCAUACCAGCCAAUAACUCGGCUGCUAGACUAGGUCCUUUUUCAGUACCAUUACUACAAGGAUUUAACAUUAAAAGUUCUCGACCUGCUUGUACGGCAGCAGCAGCUUGCAACUCGUCUCGUGUCUCUUCUAAACCUAUUGUUGUUAUAAUAUAUAUUAAUAUAAUAUAUAUUAUAUAUAUAACAUAAUAAUUUAAGAAAAGCAACAUACAAUAUGUACAAAAUAAUAUAUUAAAAUAAUAUAUACAAAAUAAUAUAUACAAAAAUAUAUACAAAAUAAUAAUUUAAGAAAAGCAACAUACUUUUAUUGCGUGCUUGAAGAUGAAUAACUUGUUGUUCAAGUUCUUCGAGUCUCUGUUGAUUAUCAGCUCUAAUUAUUAAUUCCUCCUUCGCCACUUGAAGCAUAUGAUGAGCUUCAUUAGCUCUAACCACUGCUUGUUUUUCGUUUUCUCUGGC